CCGGAAGUUUAUGUAUCACUUCCGGCCUCAGGCUGCAGACUGUCCCUACAUAAACACAGUGUAGCAGGAGAAAUGCAGUCUGUUCUCCACUCUGGGAAAAAUGUUCAGAACUGUUUGAUCGGAUUCGGUUCCUGAACGCGAGACAAUGCCGUAUUUCGGGUGUGAGGAGACGGUGAAGGACCUGAAGCGGGCACUGUCCAAUCCAAAUGUCCAAGCAGACCGGCUCCGCUACAGAAAUUACAUCACGCAGGUCAUCAGGUGUAUGACUGAGGGCACGGAUGUGUCGAGCGUGUUCAUGGAGAUGGUGAAAGCGAGCGCGACGGUGGACGUGGUGCAGAAGAAGCUGGUGUUUCUCUACAUGGUGACGUUCGCCGGCGUGAAGCCCGACAUGGCCCUGCUCGCCAUUAACACGCUGAGGAAGGACUGUGACAAUCCCAACCCCAUGAUCCGUGGCCUGGCUCUCCGCAACAUGUGCAACCUCAGGAUGCCUGGAAUAAUCGAGUACAUCCACCAGCCUGUAAUGAACGCUCUGCGGGAUAAAUCGUCCUACGUGAGGAGAGUGGCCGUGUUAGGAUGCGCCAAAAUACACAACCUCCAGACCAACGCUGAGAUCGAUGGUGCCAUGGUGAACGAGCUGUACUCUCUGCUGAGAGACCCUGACCCUGUAGUGAUGGUAAACUGCCUGCGUGCUCUGGAGGAGAUUUUACGCCACGAGGGAGGCGUCGUCAUUAACAAACCCAUCGCACAUCACCUCAUCAACAGGCUGAAGGAUUUGGACAGCUGGUCUCAGAGUGAAGUCCUAACGUUCCUGCUGCGUUAUCGUCCCCGUAACGAUGACGAGCUUUUCGACAUCCUCAGCCUGAUCGACACCUUCUUGCUCAGCACCCAGCCGCCCGUCAUGGCUGCCACACUCCGCCUUUUCCUGCAAUUAGCCGCCGCCCACCCUACAGUGCAAGCUGAUUCCCUCAUGCGCGCUCGGGCCCCCCUGCUGGCCACCUGCGGGGCUGCAGCACGGGAAAUGCGCUUCACGGCGCUCUGCCACGUUCAGCAGGUUCUUCGCAGUCAACCGACCGCAUACGGCGGCCAUUACAAACGAUUCUUUUGCGAUUUCUCAGAGCCGCCAUACGUCAAACUCCGCAAAAUGGAAAUCCUGGUGGAGCUGGUGAACGACGAGAACGUUACGAUGAUCCUAGAGGAACUGAAGAGUUACUGCACUGACGUCUCUACUGAACUGGCCCAGGCAGCUAUUAAAGCGAUAGGUCGUAUCGGACGAACGUAUACCGAGAAGUGUUUGGAAAUUCUGACAGGAUUGUUGGCACUAAAGCAAGAACAUAUCACUUCUGCUGUGAUUCAGACAUACAGAGACCUGACGUGGUUUUGCCCUCAAAGCACAGCGACCGUGUGUCACGCUGUCGAAGUGUGUGACGAGCUUCCUCAGGAUAACGAGGGAAAACAGGCUCUCCUAUGGCUACUCGGAGUGCACGGAGAGCAGAUCAGUAAUGCCCCCUAUGUGCUGGAGGGCUUCAUAGACGGGAUAAAAAUGGAGAUCUCCUCUGCAGUGAAGAUGGAACUGCUCACAGCAUCGCUGAAGUUAUUUCUGUCUCGGCCAGCAGAGACUCAGGACAUGUUGGGCCGUCUCGUACACUACUGCAUCGAGGAGGACAGUGAUAUGUGUGUGCGGGAUCGAGCUAUGCUCUACUACAGACUCCUGCAGUGUGGAGUGAACGAAACCCGCAAGGUUCUCCUGGGUCCUAAAUCCGACCCGUCUAUGACCCUAAUUACCGGACGAACCGAGGAACCUAUCAAUCGCUGGGCUUCCAGCUUUAACACACUGGAUCCUCUUUUAGGAGCCGAGAGCCGUGCGCAGGACGUUCCUGCUCAGAUCUCGGACGGAGAUGGCGAAAUCAGAAUAAAUGAUCCGGAUCAGACCUUUCAAAAUGGAAGCCUGAGGGAAGGAGACGCCGACGCCUCACCCGAUACUUCAGAAGAACCAAAACUCUCUCUGAGUCCUCUGAUAACCCAUGACGCGUUUGAAAAGCUGUGGAUGGAGUUGCAGGUGUUGCAUCGGCAGUCUCUGGGCGUCCCGCGUCCUUCCGUCUCACCCGAAACACUAAACUCCGCCUUCCAACUGGUGAAGAUCCAGAUCUUGGCUUAUAGUCGGAGCGACGCUUAUCCCUGGAAGCUCUAUAUGUACAGCUGGAGCGGCGGGAGCGUGAUCCUUGCCGAGCUCCUGCACGACGGACCUGACGAGCCAACCUGCCAAGGCGACCUCAUGCUGUCCAUCAAGCAACACCCCGAGGAGCGAGAAGCCGUUGAAGGCUUUGUGUCUGUGGUGUUAGACGUCCUGCGCACUCUCAACUCAGCUGACUUAUUAUGAUCUAUUGGCUUUCAACCUCCGAUUGUUUAGUUCAUCCUUCAAACUUUUUUAUUAAUAAAUACAUUUUGAUUUGCACGUUUA